CCCGUGCACACUCCUUCCCCUUCUGCCUCGCCGUCCUCUGACACAAUGGAUCCAGAUCAGAUCUAUCUCGCCAGCCUCUUCCUGCCCGACAACAUGACCGUCGAGGAGGCGGCCCAGUACCCCGUCGGAAAGGUCCCCGGCAGAGGCAAGAUGGUCGAGCGCUACCUCGCCGAGACCAUGGAGCGACGCAUCAUGUUCAUCGACGGCGCCAUGGGCACCAUGAUCCAGCGCUUCCGCUUUACCGAAGAAGACUUCCGCAUGGAGCGCUUCAAGAACCACAAGAAGGACUUUAUCCGUGGCAACAACGACAUCCUCUCCCUGACCCAGCCCGCCGCUAUCAUGGACAUCCAUCGCCAGUAUCUGAUGGCCGGCUCCGACAUGGUCGAAACCAACACCUUCUCCUCCACCACAAUCGCCCAGGCCGAUUACUUUAUGGAGGAUCUCGCCUACGAGCUCAACAAGGUCUCGGCCGAGAUCGCCAAAAAGGUCUGUCAGGAGGUUACUCUGCUCGACAAGAGCCGUCCCCGUCUCGUCUGCGGUGCUAUCGGCCCCACCAACCGCACUUGCUCCAUCUCGCCCUCCGUCGAGAACCCCUCCUACCGCAACGUCACCUUUGACGAGCUCGUCACUGCCUAUGCCGAGCAAGUCCGUGGUCUGCUUGACGGUGGCUCCGACGUCCUCCUUGUCGAGACCAUCUUCGACACCCUGAACGCCAAGGCUGCUCUCUAUGCGAUCGAAUCCGUCUUUGAUGACGAAGCAUACGAUCGCUGCCCCGUCAUGGUCUCGGGUACCAUUGUCGAUCAGUCUGGCCGCACCCUCUCUGGCCAGACGGGCGAGGCCUUCAUUUCCUCCGUCGAACACAGCAACCCUCUGGCCAUUGGUCUCAACUGUGCCCUCGGUGCCGACCAGAUGCUGCCCUUCCUCGACAACAUCUCAAAGAACAACCCCGCCUACACCAUCUGCUAUCCCAACGCUGGCCUGCCCAACACUUUCGGUGAAUACGACCAGAACGGCCCCGACAUGGCCAAGCAGGUCGAGCCCUUUGCUCGUCUCGGUCUGAUCAACAUCCUCGGUGGCUGCUGUGGUACCACGCCUGAGCACAUCAAGGCCAUGAGCGAGGUCGUCAGCAAGUACCCCCCGCGCAAGCGCCCCACCUUCGAUCCCGACACCCUCAUCGUCUCUGGUCUCGAAACCCUCCGCAUCAACAAGGAGACCGGCUUCAUCAACGUUGGUGAGCGAUGCAACGUCAGUGGCUCCCGUUUGUUCUGCAAAAAGAUCCUCAACGGCAUGUACGAGGACGCCCUCAACACGGCCCGUGUCCAAGUCGAGAACGGUGCCCAGGUCAUCGACAUCAACAUGGACGACGGUCUGCUCGACGGCAAGGCUGCCAUGACAAAGUUCCUCAACUACAUCGCCUCCGAGCCCGACAUUGCCAAGGUCCCGCUCAUGAUCGACUCGUCCAACUUUGAGGUCGUGCUUGCCGGUCUCAAGUGCGCCCAGGGCAAGUGUAUCGUCAACUCGAUCUCGCUCAAGGGUGGCGAGGAGGACUUUAUCGAGAAGGCCAAGAUCGUCAAGCGCUUCGGUGCCGCCGUCGUCGUUAUGGCCUUUGACGAAACUGGCCAGGCUGCCAUCGCCUCCGACAAGUUCCGCAUGUGCGAGCGCUCCUACCGCAUCCUGACCGAGAAGGUCGGCUUCCGCGGCUGCGAAAUCAUCUUUGACCCCAACAUCCUGACCAUCGCCACCGGCCUCGAGGAGCACAACAACUAUGCCGUCGAGUUCUACGAGAGUGUCAAGCUCAUCAAGGCCAACCUCCCCGGCGCAAAGAUCAGCGGCGGUGUCUCGAACGUCUCGUUUGCCUUCCGUGGCAAGGACAAGAUCCGUGAGGCCAUGCACUCCGUCUUUUUGUACCACAACAUCAAGGCCGGUAUGGACAUGGGUAUCGUCAAUGCCGGUUUCCUGACCAUCUACGACGACAUUCCCAAGGAUCUUCUCGAUAUCUGCGAGGACGCCUUCUGGAACCGCGACCCGAACGUGACGGAGCGCCUGCUGGCCUAUGCCGAGCAAAACCAGGCCGGCGGUCCUGGCAAGGCCGAGGAGGCCGAAGCCUGGCGCCUUGAGCCUGUCGAGUCGCGAUUGGCCUACGCCAUCAUGAAGGGCAUCACAAAGCACAUUGUCGAGGACACCGAGGAGGCUCGUCAGCAGACCGACAAGUAUCCUCGCCCCCUCAACGUCAUUGAGCAGCCCCUCAUGAACGGCAUGAAGGUCGUUGGCGAGCUCUUUGGUGCUGGAAAGAUGUUCCUGCCCCAGGUCAUCAAGUCUGCCCGUGUCAUGAAGAGUGCCGUCGCCCACCUGAUUCCCUUCAUGGAGAAGGAGCGUCUGGAGGCCCUGCAGAGCACGGGCCAUGCUGGAAACCCCGACGAUGCCUACAACGGCGUUGUGAUCAUGGCCACCGUCAAGGGCGACGUGCACGACAUUGGCAAGAACAUUGUCGGCGUCGUGCUGGGCUGCAACAACUACAAGGUUAUUGAUCUCGGCGUCAUGGUCCCGUGCGAGAAGAUCCUCGAGGCUGCCAUCCAGAACCGGGCCGACAUCAUCGGCCUCAGCGGUCUCAUCACCCCAUCGCUCGACGAGAUGGUCUAUGUUGCCAAGGAGAUGGAGCGCCAGGGCCUGAAGAUCCCUGUGCUCGUCGGUGGCGCCACCACCUCCAAGAUGCACACGGCUGUCAAGAUCGCUCCGGCCUACAGCUUCCCCGCCAUCCACGUUCUCGAUGCCUCGCGCUCGGCCGUCGUUGUCUCGGCCCUUCUGGACCCCACUCAGUACGACGACUUUGUCGAGGAUAUUGCGGAUGAGUACGAGGAUCUGCGUGCAGAGCACUACGAGAGCCUGAAGGACCGCAAGUACCAGAAACUUGACCGCGCCAUCGAGAACAAGUGCCAGAUCGACUGGACCAGCCAGGCCGCCCCCACCAAGCCCAAGUUCCUGGGCACUCGUGCCUACAGCGACUUUGACUUUGAGCAGCUCAUCUCGCACAUCGACUGGAACCCGUUCUUCCAGACGUGGCAGCUCCGCGGCAAGUACCCCAACCGUGGCUUCCCCAAGAUCUUCAACGACGAGACCGUGGGAGCCGAGGCCAAGAGGCUCUAUGACGACGCCGUCGCGAUGCUCAAGCAGAUCGUCGAUGGCGAGUGGCUCAAGGCCCAGGCCAUCGUCGGCUUCUGGCCCGCCAACGCCGACGGCGAAGACAUUCGUGUCUAUGAGUCCGAGGCCCGCGAGACCGUGGCCGCGACCUUUUACGGACUCCGCCAGCAGGCCGAAAAGGACCACGACUCGAACGAGCCCUACUAUUCGCUUGCCGACUUUGUCGCUCCCAAGAGCACGGGCAUCGCCGACUAUAUCGGUGCCUUUGCCGUCUCGGUUGGCUUUGGUGUCGACGAAAAGUGCGCCGAGUUUGAGGCCAACAACGACGAUUACAGCUCGAUCAUGCUCAAGGCCCUGGCCGAUCGUCUGACCGAAGCCCUGGCCGAAAUCGUCCACGAGCAGGUGCGCAAGGAAAGCUGGGGAUACGCCCCUGACGAAAGCCUGUCUCCCGAGGAGCUGCUCCAGGUCAAGUACCGCGGUAUCCGCCCUGCCCCAGGCUACCCGUCGCAGCCGGACCACACCGAGAAGCUGACCAUGUGGAAGCUCAUGGAUAUCGAGAGACAGACCGGCAUCAGCCUGACCGAGUCUCUGGCCAUGACCCCCGCCGCCGCCGUCUCGGGCAUCUUCUUCGCCAACCCCGACGCCAAGUACUUUGCCGUCGGCAAGAUCGAGCGCGACCAAGUCGAGUCGUAUGCUGCCCGCAAGAACAUGGACAUCAAGGUCGUGGAGAGAUGGCUGGCCACCAACCUGGCCUAUGACGCCGAGUAAUCGAUUUGGGACGCUCCUGCUUCUUCAAAUCGACAUUUCUCCACGUCAUGCUCAAACUUCUCCAAAGGCAGUCCUCGCUUGAUCGUGCCUUGCUUUUCUCCUUUGUUUCCUCCCUCUCUCCCUCUCCCUCUCUCUCCCUCUCUUUCUUUCCCUCCUUGCUUUGAUCAACCACUCACCCCAUUCGUUCCAUUGUUGCAUCACAUCGAGCUGGCAAAAUGAAACGAUUGCGGACAUGACGGGAUCAGUGGUCCCCUUUACUGUGAUUCUUGAAUACAUGUGCCCAUCGUCACUCCUCGCAGCGGCGUAAGGUUCAGUCCCCCGCGUAAAAG